AUGAGAGGCCUGGGAGCCGCGAUAAUCCAACAGGACCGUGUUGUGGCAUAUGCGUCACGUGCGCUCACACCGACAGAGCAACGGUACGCUCAGAUCGAAAAAGAAAUGCUAGCCGUUGUAUAUGGCUGUGAAAAAUUCCACAAACUGCUAUAUGGCCGAGAUACUUUCCUAGUGGAAUCUGAUCACAAACCGUUGGAGUCGAUUCUAAAGAAAGAAAUACAUAAAGCUCCGCUAAGGAUUCAACGAAUGAUUUUAAAGCUUCAACCGUAUGACUUCAACCUCGUUCACAAAAGCGGCAAGGACAUGGGUCUAGCAGACUGCCUCAGCAGAUUACCGUUAGAAAAUCAUUAUGAGAAAACUAUCGAUGAAGAGUUGAUGGUUUUGAAGCUCGACACGCUGUCGUGUUCAAACCAUGACAAAAUUGCACGCGCAACGCAAGCGGAUGAACAAUUCCAAGUACUGGCAAAGGUUAUCAUUCGAGGAUGGCCAGAAACGAAGUGCGAAGUUCCAGUUGAAGCCGUUCCAUUUUGGGAUUACCGCGAUGAAAUAUCAAUUUACAAUGGAGUUCUGUACCGAGGGGAACGCGUGUGUAUCCCGAAAGAAAUGAGAACAGAAACGUUGAAAGCGAUACAUAAGUCGCAUUUAGGGGUAGUAAACUGUAAAAAGAGGGCGAGAGAGUUAGUAUUUUGGCCCGGCAUGAACAAACAAAUUGAAGAUCUUAUUGGCAAGUGUAGUGCGUGUUUAAUGCAUCGCAAGAUGAGCCAAAAGGAGCCAAUGAUCAUCCAACCAGUACCUGAGCUACCCUGGAGCAAAGUUGGAAUGGACUUAUGCGAACUAGAGGGUAACAAUUACCUAAUCAUUGUAGACUACUUCUCCAACUUCAUUGAAGUAGCACCAUUGCAAAGAGACACUCGAACGAGCACCAUCUUAAAACACAUCAAGCAAAACGUGGCUCGUUAUGGAAUCAUUGACUCAAUCAUCUCGGACAACGGUCCACAGUUCACCAGUGCUGAAUUCCGAGAAUUCAUCGAAAAAUAUGGCAUCACCCAUAUUACGUCGUCGCCUUUGCACCAACAAACAAACGGCCUUGCUGAAAAGGCUGUACAAACCGUUAAAAAUCUAAUUAAAAAGUGUAGCGAAACAGGGGACGACAUCUACUUAGCCCUGUUAGAACUAAGAAACACACCACGCGAUAACAUCGGAUCACCGAUGCAACGUUUGAUGGGUCGACGCGCAAAAACACUAAUACCUAUGAAACAAACAAUUCGACAACCAGAAACAACCAGUGAAAAUGUCGCACCAAAGUUGUUGGAAUUUCGUGAAAAGCAAAAAUGCUACUACGACCAACACGCGAAGAGCAAGGACAAUCUUCAGCCAGGGGACGCAGUAAGAUUAAAACCCCAUCUGGCUGGAAACCGGCAGAGUAUGUGA